CACAGCGACCCGGACACGCGCUCGACCCCCCAAAGCAAGCUGGGUUUAUCUCCCCAUCUGUCCCUCACGGAGGAGCAGUGUAGCAUCGUCAUGCUACGCACAGCUGUCAUGGACGAAGACGUCUGUUUCCUGCUACACAGGCAGCAACAGUAAAGGCUGACGCGCUGUGGUGUUUCUCUCGUUCUGACAGGUGGGCAGGAUGGGGGACCGGGCCGUCAGUGGCCCAGUGGCUGCGAUCUCUCCAUUGCAGCAGAUGGUGGCCUCUGGCACUGGAGCCCUCCUCACAUCUUUAUUUGUCACGCCCCUGGACGUUGUGAAGAUCCGGCUGCAGGCUCAGCAAGCACCGUUCCACAACGCUUUGGCCUGUGAGUCUGCUCCUUGGGGCGGUGUCCUCCGCCCUUCCAAGUGGAAAUGUUUCCUCUAUUGUAAUGGACUGAUGGAUCACAUCUACGUUUGUCAGAACAGAACCAGCUACAGCAGCUGGUACAAAGCACCGACACAUUUCAGCGGAACUUUAGAUGCUUUUGUGAAAAUCAGUCGACAUGAAGGAUUCAGGUCUUUGUGGAGUGGACUACCACCAACACUUGUUAUGGCGGUACCUGCCACUGUCAUCUACUUCACCUGCUACGACCAGCUCCGAAACUACCUGACAUUCGGUCUGGGUCUUCAGGGCAGCCAUGUUCCUCUCGUGGCUGGUGGCCUGGCCAGAUUGGGGGCUGUGACGGUCAUCAGUCCUCUGGAGCUGAUCAGGACUAAGAUGCAGGCCCGUCGGCAGCCCUACAGCGAGCUGCGAGCAUGUAUCCGCUCUGCUGUGGCCCAGGACGGCCUGCUGUCUCUGUGGAGGGGCUGGGCACCCACCAUUCUAAGAGAUGUCCCUUUCUCAGGCUUGUAUUGGUUUAACUAUGAACUGCUGAAGGCCCAGUUAUGUGAACAGUUUGGAAGGUCUCAGGCCAACUUCCCCAUCAGCUUUACUGCAGGAGGUGUCUCUGGAGCUAUCGCUGGGAUCCUCACACUGCCUUUUGACGUGGUGAAGACUCGCAGACAGAUCCAACUGGGAGAGAUGGAUACUCUAGGAGGUCCCUUGAAGAAAACUUCUUCCACAUGGUACAUGAUGAAGAAGAUAUGGGUUGAGGUGGGCUACAGGGGGCUUUUUGCAGGUUUCAUGCCCAGGGUGAUCAAAGUGGCCCCAGCCUGUGCGAUCAUGAUAAGCACCUAUGAAUUUGGAAAGACCUUCUUCCACGAGAUGAACCUUGAACAGGAGGGCCUGGCAUCCUGAAGGUUGUCUGUGCCGAGCUGGGUGUUUCCCAGCAGCAGAAUCACAUGCAGACAUGAGGACACAGGGGACCUAACCUCCGUAGACGAAUGGAGGAAAGGGUGGGUUUGGACUUCGGAGGUGUCUCUACCUGCAAAUCUGAUAUUCUACAAGCCGGGACCAGGAGGGACACUCAAGGUUGACUUUAUAUGCGGGGACUAUUUGAGUGAACCUUUUACAGGCAUCUUUGAAAAGAGAUGUUCUUUUUCUGUUUUUCUGUGUGUGACACAAAUCAAACGUCGGUGUACAUUUUCAAACAAUGAUGAAGAGGCUAGGUGAGUGAGCAGUGGCGUUGCCGUCGUCCUCGAUGAGUUGUGUAAGGUUUUACUGCUGAGUGGGAAAAUCCCAACCCUCUUAAAGACUUCAACUGCAUCAGCACUGUAGCAUGAGUGCGAGGAAAAUAUUCUAAUACCUGUAUUCUGCAUCUCCUGAGAAGCUGCAUGUUGUGUACAACUGCAUUAACUACAGAAGCUGGAUAAUAAAAUGCGGCCCACUCUCUUCCUGCAUCACUGCAUUACCCUGCAUUCCUGUAGCUAUGAAACAAGACAUUUAUGACAAUCUGCUGAGUAGAUGAGUGACAAAUCAGUUUUGUGUGCUGUGUAAAUGUAACCAUUGCCAGCCCUUUACAUUUGCAACACAAGAGCUGUGAUAAGAAUCAAUGAUCAUUAACUUCAGCUUGGCUUUUCAUGUCUGCUGGAUGUGCCCUUCUUCUCUGUUCUCAUAACUGGAGGAAAGCCAUAGUACAAGGAGGCCUGGUGGGGGUCUGGUGAUAUGUUUUCAUUGGUGCAUGGGUUAUGUAUAUUAUGCUAUUGAAUAACAAUGACUAUACAACACACACGUAAAAAUGGAACUGCAGCCAACCUUCCAAAAGACACAUACUUUUCUUUUUAGAUAAUGAUUUAAAAAAAGCUAAAACAAAGGAAAUUCAAACUUGAACCUGUUGAUAUUCAGGUGAAUGAAUACCUAUCAACACAAUGAAAUAUUUAUCUGAAACAUGUUAGAACACUGGACAUAAAACAAAAUAUUACUGCCUUAACCUAAAAGGUGUAUUGUUUAACUUUUGUUUUUGUUUUUGUUAUUGUCAUGACUGAGAUUGUAAUAAAUGGUGAUUCAGCUUG